AUUGGUUGCAGGUGGGCGGUGGGCGGAGCGCUGCAGAGACUGAGGAAGAGGGUGGCGGCGGCGGCGGAGACUGACCGGAGCCCAGUGACAGGAUGGCUGGGCACAGAUUGGUGUUGGUGUUAGGAGAUCUGCACAUCCCACACCGCUGCAACAGCCUGCCAGCUAAAUUCAAAAAGCUGCUGGUGCCUGGAAAGAUCCAGCACAUCCUUUGCACUGGAAACCUUUGCACCAAAGAAAGCUACGACUAUCUCAAGACUCUGGCUGGCGAUGUUCACAUUGUGAGAGGAGACUUCGAUGAGAAUCUAAAUUAUCCAGAACAGAAGGUUGUAACUGUGGGACAGUUCAAAAUCGGUUUGAUCCAUGGCCAUCAAGUUAUCCCCUGGGGAGAUAUGGCCAGCUUAGCCCUGUUGCAGAGGCAGUUUGAUGUGGACAUUCUUAUCUCGGGACACACGCACAAAUUCGAAGCAUUUGAGCAUGAAAAUAAAUUCUACAUUAACCCAGGUUCUGCCACUGGAGCAUAUAAUGCCUUGGAAACAAACAUUAUUCCUUCGUUUGUGUUGAUGGAUAUCCAGGCUUCUACUGUUGUCACUUAUGUGUACCAGCUAAUUGGAGAUGAUGUGAAAGUAGAACGAAUCGAGUACAAAAAGUCUUAAAGCUAGGCCUGUCUUGAUUUUUGUUUUAUUUUUUCAUUCCCAUUUAAAUCAAGUAACUAAACACUGAAAGCCACAAAUUGUAUCAUUUUUUUUCUAUUUUACAGUAGAAUGUAUCUUCCCUGUUAAUACUUAAUUGCUGUAAGCUGCUUACAAACUAUGAGAAUUCAUAUUUAGUUUACAGUAUGUGAUUUCUAUGAAAAAAACGUCCACCAGCUAGUAAAUGAUCAGUGUUAAGAAAAAUGCUGGUAAAUAGUGAAGUUGGUAUCUGGAACUCUAUUACAAAAGAAGUGCAUGAAGAGAAAGAGACAAGAAUUCCUUGUGUAUGCUUUUAUCCAUUCAGAAAUAAACUUUUCUCUUCCAUUU